AAAAAAUGCGUGAAAUCGUCCAUAUUCAGGUUGGCCAGUGUGGAAAUCAGAUCGGUGCAAAGUUCUGGGAGGUGAUCUCCGACGAGCACGGCAUCGACCCAACCGGCAGCUACCACGGCGAUUCGGACCUUCAGUUGGAAAGAAUCAAUGUUUACUACAACGAGGCCUCCGGUGGCAAGUAUGUGCCUCGUGCCAUCCUUGUUGACCUUGAGCCGGGAACCAUGGACUCGGUACGGUCUGGACCCUUUGGCCAGCUCUUCCGGCCAGACAACUUUGUGUUUGGCCAGAGUGGUGCCGGCAACAACUGGGCCAAGGGCCACUAUACAGAGGGUGCGGAACUGGUGGACUCUGUCCUGGACGUAGUGCGCAAACUGGCAGUGAACAUGGUGCCCUUCCCACGGCUGCACUUCUUCAUGCCCGGCUUCGCCCCCCUGACGUCUCGCGGCAGCCAACAAUAUCGGGCCCUGACCGUGCCAGAGCUGACCCAGCAGAUGUUCGAUGCCAAGAACAUGAUGGCCGCCUGCGACCCGCGCCACGGCCGCUACCCCACGGUGGCUGCCAUCUUCCGCGGGCGCAUGAGCAUGCGAGAGGUGGACGAGCAGAUGCUCAAUGUGCAGAACAAGAACUCCAGCUACUUCGUGGAGUGGAUCCCGAACAAUGUCAAGACCGCCGUCUGCGACAUUCCGCCCCGUGGCCUCAAGAUGUCUACCACCUUCAUUGGCAACAGCACUGCCAUCCAGGAGCUGUUUAAAAGAAUCUCGGAGCAGUUCACUGCGAUGUUCCGUCGCAAGGCUUUCCUCCACUGGUAUAGACGCAAAUGA